AGAACAAUUAGCGUAUGAUUUAACGGAACUAAUUAACGAGCUAGGCCCAAAAAUAUAUCCUGAUUUUGAUAAUGCACGUAUAGUUCAAGAAGUUAAAAAGAAUAGCAGGUCACCAUCACCAUCAAGGCCAUCAUCAUCAUUGAGAUUAUUCGCAUUAACGGAUUUAAUGGAUGACAAACUAUUUGAUUGGGAAAAGGCUGAUGAUUCUGAUUAUGAUGAUGUAUUUUUCUUCCUUGACAAACAUAAUGGUGGUAAAAUUACUGGACGUAGUAGGUCUAAUUCUUCCAGUAGUAGGAAACUACUAUCAAGUGGCAGGGAUGGAACUAGCAGUAGUGCUUCGUUAAGUAGAGUGAAUUCGUUUAAUUCACUCAACUCAUUUAAUUCAAAUGUAGAAGCGUUUACAAAAUUAUCAAAUACAAGUACAAUAUCAUCACAUAACAUUCCAGAAGUUAGAAUUAUUGAUGAUGAUGGAUAUCAAGGAGAUAAAGAAAAUUCAAUACAAACAAAGAAGAAUGUUUAA